ACAAUUUACUUACUUACACAGCACUUCCUCAUGGCUGCUACUCACAGACAUGAACGUGAAUUGAAAAUGAAGUGCCGUAAAGCUGCUGCAACUACUACGUCACCAGUUGAACUGCUGAGGCUUCGUUGCCUUGAAAGAGGUUCCAGCGGGAUUAAAGGGCUUGGAAGGGUGUUUAGGAUUAUGGACGAUGACGGCAACAAGAAGCUAGAUUACAAUGAGUUUCAGAAAGGAAUUUUUGAUUAUGGUCUCAACUUGGAACCAGAGGAGGUUCGUGCCAUGUUCAAUCAAUUUGACUCUGAUAAAAGUGGCACUCUUGAUUUUGAUGAAUUUCUCAAGGCACUCAGGCCGCCAAUGAGCAAGGCAAGGAAAGAUCUGAUUAUUAGAGCAUUUCACAAGUUGGACAGAUCAGGAGAUGGUGUAGUGACAAUAGAAGACUUGAAGGGAGUUUAUGAUGCUUCUAAACAUGCAAAGUAUAAGAAUGGUGAAUGGACAGAAGAGCAAGUGUUCAGAUCAUUUUUGGACAGUUUCGAUACUCCUAAUGAAGCUGACGGAAAGGUGACGAGAGAAGAGUUCACGAACUACUAUAGCGGAGUCAGUGCUUCCAUUGACAGUGACGCCUACUUUGAUUUAAUGAUGAGAUCAGCAUGGAAACUGACAUAACCAUACUCUCUUGCCAAAUACUACGGAAAUUUUUAAUUGAAAUUGUGCCACUGCUAUAGCCACUGCCUGGCACUUUCAUCAGCUUCUACUGCACUUGUAGAAAAAAUCUUGUACAGGAAGCUUACCUUGGAAACUAUUGUAGACUUAGUAACUCACAAGAAACCUUUUUUAUUGUAAUAAACUUUUCACUUCAGUUUA